CAACACCGGUAACGUUAUAUAAUAGGCUAAUUAACAACCCAUACAAUGUCCAGGAAUUGCAUAAAUUACCUAUUUUAAUUAAGAAAAAUCAACAACUAGGUUAUUGUAUCCCUAGUUGUUGUUUUGUUUUUUCAUGGCACACUAUUAUUCCGUUCGUGGCACGCGAACUUUUUGGGAAUUCCAAAAUAUCCGCCAGUACUUGAAGGCAACAUCGAGUCGGAGUAGCUCCGUUACUAUGGUAACGCUGUAUACUGUUGCGUUGCACCCAGUGACGAUACUUUAGGGAGUUAUAAAUGAAGACAACCGUGUUAAACCGUGUUUUACAACGACAGGAAACAACAGAGUCGUGUUUUAAGUUGCCGUCUAUCGUCUUCAUCCAUGAGCAGAGUUCUCACCAAAGGAAUCCAUCAAGAGAACACCAAGGUACCCUCUGACUUCCCCUCAGGGGGGAUCAGACAAAUGAAAUAUCACCAAGGCGCAGUUUUUGAAUCCUAAAUGUGCUUUCAGGGUUGGAGAGCGCCCACAGUCGGCUGCUGUGCCUAACGACGAGCUGAAGAUGAAAGACUUGAGAAACGUUGCGCCUCCAGACUCGCCGCUAACAGCUCUGCCUCUCCGGACACAGGGAACCGAGAGAGAAGCGAGCGAGGAAGAGGAUGUCGAGGGCGAAGACGUCACGGCGCCAGUGGAGCUGUUAAUGGAGUUCCUCGGAGCCGCGGUGGGCAGAGACUACCGGCUGGCCAGCACGCUGUGUCGCAUGAUUCUCGUCUAUGAACCAGACAAUCCGGAGGCCUCUGAGUUUCUCCCGCUGAUCCAGAGGAAGCUGCUGGAGGAGCAAGAGGCACAGCGGAGCACUGAGGAAGAAGAAGAUGACGAUGACGAGGAGGAGGAGAGGGACUCUGGGAGCAUUGAGGAGUCAUCUCAGAUCUCAAGCCGCUCCUCUUCCUCUUGCUCCUCCUCAGCCUCAGAUGAUGAUGAUGAAGAAAAGCAACGUGACGGACACAAGCCGUGUUCUGCUCGUCACAUUUAACCCUGAAAAUAACCGAGGCGACGACCCGGUGACCAGACGCCUCUGCCCUCCACGUCUUGUUGCUUAUUGAAAAAUGUAUAUAUUGUAACCCACAAAGCUACUCUAUGAUUGUCUUAGUGCAUUUUGAAGAUGUUGUGACAAUUGUAAAUUGUGUCAUUGUAUAAAAUUGGCAAUACAAAAACCA